CGGGUCACAUGACCGCGCCUGACAAAGAGCCCGGGGCGGGCGUCCGCGGGCUGCGGCGUCUCUCGCUCCGCCCGCCGAACCCCGCCGGGGAAGCCGCCGAGAAGCCCGGAGCCGGAGCCGGAGCGGUUACUUUUUCCUGUCACUGUGAGGUGCUUGUGGUUUGGGAGCUUAUUGGGCAGUUCUGAAUCACCAGACAUGAUGCUGUUGAAGUUUCAGACCCACUCUUGAGCAUAUGCUUUGGUGAGAAGCACAAGCUGAGCAAGGGGAUGUGUGUCAUCAUCCUGUGUGCUGCUGGAAAGACAUGCCACGUAGACCUUACGUUUGUUUAUAGUGAACUUAGUGCUGGCUUGACGGUUCUGGAGACUGGCCUGCUGAUAAAGGAAUUCAGUCUGUGACUACCUCUCCACUAGGCCACUAAAGGCCCAUGAGAUAGUAACUGUUUAAUUGCAAGGUUCAGUGUCUGGCUCUGGAUAAAGAUAUCCCUCCUGCUGUCUGACCACUGCAGCCUCCUCCCUCAAGGGCGGGCUGGCCCCUUGCUAACGGUGCUAUGGACUCACAGCUUUGGCAAGGUUCCCUAGGAGGGAAUUUCUCAGACUGUCCCAAUGGCUCCCAGUGGGUGUGGGAUGUGUUCCAUGAGUGUGCCCAGGAUAUCCGGGACUUCGCCAGUAUUGUGUUGGGUCUGGUUUCCAUCUUCUGCUUUGCAGCGGCUUCCUUCCCACAAUAUUACCAGGCCUGUAAAACAGGUAAUAUGGACCAGGCUCUCUCCAUAUACUUCCUGCUGGGAUGGCUAGGAGGAGAUUCCUUAAAUCUAAUAGGCUCUUUCCUGGCCAAUCAGUUGCCACUACAGGUUUACACUGCCAUUUACUACGUGCUUGCAGACUUGGUCAUGUUGUCUCUCUACCUCUACUACAAAGUCAAGAACCAGAGCAGAGGCUUCUCUGCUCCUAUUAAUGCAGCCUUUGCCUUCAUUUUUCUGGGAACGGUGUCAGCAACAUCCUUGCUGGGCAGAGCUGGCUCCACAGUUGAAACGGUGACAUUUAAAGGGAGGACUCUUCUGUCUGCCGCAGCAGAUGUGGCUGGAUGUGAGCCUUUCACCAAGAAGGAAAUCAUUGGCUUCACUGUUGGCUCGAUCGCCUCCUUGUUAUAUCUGUUCUCCCGAGUGCCCCAGAUCUACACUAAUUUCAAGAGGAAAUCUACCAAAGGUGUCUCAUACUGUCUUUUUGCUUUGGUGAUGCUGGGGAACUCGCUGUAUGGAAUAAGUGUGCUUCUGAAGAACCCAGACCGAGGGCAAGACGAAGGCAACUACAUCAUUCAUCACCUCCCCUGGCUGAUUGGCAGCCUGGGGAUCCUGUCUCUUGAUGUGAUUAUCUCCUUCCAAUUCCUUGCCUAUCGGAAGAGAAGACCUCACACUUCUGAGAGAGAGGCCUUGCUUGGCAAGCAAGAUGAACCCCUUGACAGCUGACAAAAGGAACUGUCCCCAAGCAAGAAUGGAUACUGGUGAGAACUCUGGCUUCAAACUAAGCCAUAGCGAGUUGCCAUCAGGUUCCUAGACCUGUUUUUGGGUGAUUCCUGUUAACAGAAGAAGAUGUAAGCCAGUGUGCGGUAUGAUGCUUCCUGCAGAAAGUGCUUGGCCAUCUGGCAGAGGACUUUCCUGGUAGAUCUCACCUGCUUGUAGUAAUGACUCAAAAGAGAUUAAAUAUUGUGACAUUUCUGUACCUGGAUCAUAGUCACUUUUAAAAACUAGCUGAAUUUGAUUCCACUUUCCUCCCUCCCUUCCAGAAGGCUGUCCUGAGCCAGCUCUGCAUCAGACAUUACUAGCAAGAAUGAAAAAUCUCUAGGGGAUGGAGGGAAGAUGAGGCUGUCUACCUUCCUGUUUUAAGCAAAUGAACACAGAUGCUGAGAGUGGCUGCCAUUUAACUUCACCUUUAAGGGUUUAUGCACAGUGGCUCAGUGGCUCCCUUUGCCUAUCUGAAUAAUGUUGCACAUUCUUCUUCUGGCAGUUAAGGCAGGGAGUGAGGCCAGUGAUGGGGUUGGAGAGAGGCAUUUUAAUACGUGUGUGUGUGUAAUUUUAUCAAAAUAUUUUGGCAGCCAACUUUCUAGAAAAAUAAAUCUUUGUCUAACAUGC